GUUUAUUUCCAACAAAAGGGAGCUCAGAGCGCACAGCCUAGGGGGAGGGAACGAGAGUCGGAGCGGGAGUGUGGGGUGUAGGCCGGCCGGCCGCCGCAGGGCGGGCGCGGAGCAGAAGACCGGAGCGCGGGGAUCCCUCCCCGGCCGGGCUGCGAUGCUCUCGGCUGCCUGCGCAGAGGCAAGGGUCGCGCAGAGGCGGAAGGGGCGGCCCGGGAUGGAGCUGCUGCCGCCUGCAGCCACAGAAACUUGAUCCGCGACAGAGAAAUCUCUGUCUCUUCGUCCUCCUCCCAAAGCCCCGCGGCCAGCGGGUGCAGGACCUAGGCCUCGGGACCACGGCCACUGAGCGCCUUCGGAGCGGGGACGGAAGGGGGGGUUGGCCGCGGCUGCCCGAGGCCGGCCCCCCCGGAGUGAGCGCCGCCACCAUGGCGGACGGGUCGCCCCGGCCCCCGCUUUAUCGCAGCGUCUCGUUCAAACUGCUGGAGCGCUGGAGCGGCGGCCCCGGACCGAAGGAGGAGGACGCGGACGCCCCGGGGUUGCGACGCCGCGCCUCGUGCCGGCCAGCCGCGACCGUCCCGGGCCAGCCCUCCCGGCGCGUGUCCAAGCUGGCGUCGGGGCCCCCGGCCGCCCCCGCGCAGCCGCGCCCGCUCCGCAGCCUCUCGCCCUCUGUGCGCCAGCUCUCCCGGCGCUUCGACGCGCCGCGUACGGACAGCGAUUCCGCUGGGGCCCGGGACGGGGGUGUCUCUCCAGGGGCCGCGGAAGAAGCAGCCGAAGGCGCCGCGCGCGGGGCCUGGCCCAGCGUCACCGAGAUGCGCAAGCUCUUCGGAGGCCCCGGGUCCAGGAGGCCCAGCGCAGACUCUGAGGCUUUGGGGACGCCCAGCCCCGACGGCGCCGCGUGGGAGCCCCCGGCUCGGGAGCCCCGGCAGCCGCCGACGCCUCCUCCUCGGACGUGCUUCCCGCUGGCAGGCCUGCGUGCUGCGCAGCGGCCGGUGCCCGGUCCGGGGAUCGAGGAAAGGCGGCGGCAGCAGCUACUGGAGCGAGCGCAGCGUCCAGCGGAUGGUUUACAUUCUUGGCAUAGCUUCUCCCAACCGCAGGCCGGGGCCCGGGCCUCCUGCUCCUCCUCCUCCGUGGCCUCCUCCUAUCCUGUCAGCCGAAGCAGGGCUGCCAGCUCCAGCGAGGAGGAAGAGGAGGGCCCGCCGCCACAGCCGGGGGCACAGAGUCCGACCCACCACGGCGGCUGCUCCUCGGGCAGUGACGAGGACCAAGACGGUGAGGGUGGUCGCCACUGGAGUGCGAGGCCGGGGCUCAGGCCUGGAAGCGUGCUCUUGGAUCAGGACAUCCGGAUAGACAGUGAUGGGUUAAAUUUGGGCAACAUGGACUCAGCGGGGGGAAUCAGGAGCCCUGAACCUCCAACCUCUCCAAAAGCCCUUAGCGAAGGGGGCCCGCGGGAGUGGGCUACUGGCUUGCAGCCCUCUGUAAUGGCUCCCCAGGAGGGCAUGAGGCCUAUGUCCGACACUGUGGGAGGAGCUUUCCGAGUAGCCAAGGUGAGCUUUCCCGCAUACCUGGCCAGUCCUGGGGGCUCUCGCGGUAGCAGCCGCUAUUCCAGCACCGAGACCCUCAAGGAUGACGACUUGUGGUCUAGCAGGGGUUCUGGGAGCUGGGGAGUGUACCGCUCCCCUAGCUUUGGAGCCGGGGAAGGUCUUCUGCGGCCCCAGGCUCGAGCCCGAACCAAGGGACCUGUGGGCAUCAGCAGGGCCUUAAGGGAUGGAGGUUUAGAGCUGGACAAGAGUAGGCAGCGAAAGUCCCUGUCAAAUCCAGAUAUCGCCUCAGAGACUCUGACACUUCUCAGUUUUCUGCGUUCAGAUCUUUCAGAACUGAGAGUCCGAAAGCCCAGUUUGGGACAUGGAAGCAGCCUCCUAGAUGGCAGGGACUCAAGGUCAACAGGUGGCCUAGUAGAACGACUUGAGCCCUUGCCCUCCCAAGCCCCAGCAUCACCUGGCACACGUCCUACGCUCAAGGACUUGACGGCCACCUUGAGGAGGGCAAAGUCGUUUACCUGCUCUGAGAAGCCAGUGGCGCGGCGUCUAACACACAGCAGUGCCCUGAAGCCCAGCUCCUCUGAGCUCCUGCUAGCAGGCCUUGGUGCUGAGGAAGAUCCACUGCCUCUUGUGGUCCAGGAUCAGUAUGUACAGGAGGCUCGUCAGGUAUUUGAGAAGAUCCAACGCAUGGGUGCCCAGCAGGAUGAUGGAAGUGAUGUUCCCCCUAGAAGCCCAGACUGGACAGAGAACAUGACCAGAGGGCAGCGGUCCCAGGAGGAGCUGUCAGGCCCUGAAUCCAGUCUGACAGAUGAGGGCAUUGGGGCAGACCCUGAGCCUCCUGGAGCAGCCUUUUCCAGCCUGGGCACAACAGGAGUGUGGAGACCUGUUUCUUCAUCCUCAGCCCAGAUGAACCACCAUGUCCCUGGGGCUGAGGACAGUCUGGGUGGGUGGACUCUUGUGUCCGCUGAGACCCCUGCCACACCAGGGGCUCUCCGGAGGAGACGCAAAGCCCCACCUUCAAGCCCUGGUGGGACUGAACUCAGCAAUGGUGAGGCAAGUGAGGCUUACAGGUCCCUGAGUGACCCAAUUCCACAACGUCACCGUGCUGCCACCUCUGAGGAGCCCUCUGGGUUCUCUGUGGACAGCAACCUCCUGGGUUCACUGAGCACCAAAGCAGGGCUUCCAUUGACUCCAGCUGUGGAUGAAGGCUUGACCAGUGGCCACAGUGACUGGUCUGUAGGCAGUGAAGAGAGCAAGGGCUAUCAAGAGGUCAUUCAGAGCAUUGUGCAGGGGCCUGGUGCUUUGGGGCGUGUGGGGGAAGACAGAGUUGCUGGUAAAGCCCCCAAGAAGAAAUCUCUGAGUGAUCCCAGUCGCCGUGGGGAGCUGGCUGGGCCUGGAUUUGAAGGCCCCGGAGGGGAGCCCAUUAGGGAAGUUGAACCCAUACUGCCUCCAUCUAGCAGUGAGCCUAUCCUUGUGGAGCAGCGGGCAGAGCCAGAGGACCCUGGUCCCACCAAGAGCCGGGCACAGUCUGAGAGGGCGCUACCCGAGGCCCUGCCUGAGUCUUCCACUGCUCACCAUGAUUUCCACCUUAAUCCCAAGCUGGCAGACGUUUUGUCUCCUCGGCUCAUUCGGCGAGGUUCCAAAAAGCGCCCAGCCCGGAGCAGUCACCAGGAGCUCCGGAAAGAAGAGAAAGAUCAGGACCAGACUGGUAACCUAUCUCAGGCCCGACCCUCCUCCAAGCAUGUUCGCCAUGCCAGUGUGCCUGCCACCUUCACGCCAAUUGUAGUACCUGAGCCCCGGACCUCAGUGGGCCCUCCAGUGGCUGUGCCAGAGCCUGCGGGCCUCCCUGUCCAAGGCCAUCCCACACUGCAGGCACCAUCACUUGAAGAUGUCACCAAGCAAUACAUGCUGACUCUCCACUCGGGUGAGGUCCCUGCCCCUGCAUCUGUGGACCUUCCCUGCUUGGCUCCUGUUGCACCACCUACUGCUGAGGCCAGGCCCCCUGAGGCCCUCCGGGCUCCAGAUGAGCCUGCCCCUGCCAGCAAGUGUUGCCGCAAGCCACAGGUGGAUAUGCGGAAGCACGUGACCAUGACCCUGCUGGACACAGAGCAGUCAUACGUGGAGUCUCUGCGCACCCUGAUGCAGGGCUACAUGCAGCCAUUGAAGCAGCCAGAGAACUCCUUGCUGUGUGACCCGUCGCUGGUGGACGAGAUCUUCGGCCAGAUCCCCGAGCUUCUGGAACAUCAUGAGCAGUUCCUCGAGCAGGUGCGGCGCUGUGUGCAGACCUGGCACGCCCGGCAGAAGGUGGGGGCCCUGCUUGUCCAGUCGUUCUCCAAAGAUGUCCUGGUAAACAUCUAUUCUGCCUACAUUGAUAACUUCCUCAAUGCGAAAGAUGCCGUGCGUGUGGCUAAGGAGACAAAGCCUGCCUUUCUCAAGUUCCUGGAGCAAAGCAUGCGGGAAAACAAGGAGAAGCAGGCUCUAUCUGACCUCAUGAUCAAGCCUGUGCAGCGGAUCCCACGCUACGAGCUUCUGGUGAAGGACCUCCUGAAGCACACACCUGAAGACCACCCAGAUCACCCUCUGCUGUUGGAUGCACAGAGGAAUAUCAAGCAGGUGGCUGAACGCAUCAACAAGGGCGUGCGGAGUGCUGAAGAGGCAGAGAGGCAUGCCCGCGUGCUGCAGGAGAUCGAGGCUCACAUUGAGGGCAUGGAGGAUCUCCAGGCCCCUCUACGGCGGUUCUUGAGGCAGGAGAUGGUCACUGAAGUGAAGGCCAUCGGUGGCAAAAAGGACCGAUCCCUCUUCCUGUUCACGGACCUCAUCGUCUGUACCACCCUGAAACGCAAGUCAGGUUCUCUUCGGCGCAGCUCCAUGAGCCUGUACACAGCUGCCAGCGUCAUUGACACAGCCAGCAAGUACAAGAUGCUGUGGAAGCUGCCUCUGGAAGAUGCAGACAUCAUCAAAGGGGCAUCCCAAGCCACCAAUCGGGAGAACAUCCAGAAGGCCAUCAGCCGCCUGGAUGAAGACCUGGCCACCCUGGGCCAAAUGAGCAAGCUCUCUGAGAGCCUCGGCUUCCCCCACCAGAUCCUGGAUGACGCCUUGCGGGACCUCUCAGCCUCCAUGCACCGGGACCUGUCAGAGAAGCAGGCUCUGUGCUACUCGCUUUCCUUCCCACCCACCAAGCUGGAGCUGUGUGCCACCCGACCCGAGGGCACUGACUCCUUCAUCUUUGAGUUCCCCCACCCUGAUGCCCGCCUGGGCUUCGAGCAGGCUUUUGAUGAGGCCAAAAGGAAGCUGGCAUCCAGCAAAAGCUGCCUAGACCCUGAGUUCCUGAAGGCCAUCCCCAUCAUGAAAACUCGCAGUGGCAUGCAGUUUUCAUGUGCGGCCCCCACCCUCAGCAGCUGCCCAGAGCCCACACCCGAGGUGUGGGUGUGCAACAGCGACGGCUAUGUGGGCCAGGUGUGCCUGCUGAGCCUGCGUGCAGAGCCUGACGUGGAGGCCUGCAUUGCUGUGUGCUCGGCCCGCAUCCUCUGCAUCGGAGCAGUGCCCGGCCUGCAGCCCCACUGCCACCGGGAACAUCCAGAAUCACUGAGGAACCCCCAAGAGAAUGCCCCAGAGCCGGCCGGGCAGGAGCUGGAUGCUGAGCCUGCAGCAGAGGAAGAAGCAGUGGCAGUGGCCGAGACAGGGUCGCAGCCCUGCCUGCACAUCUCCAUCUCAGGCUCUGGCCUGGAGGUGGCGCCCGGCCCCACGGAGGGUGACUCUCGCCCUGAGUUAGUGCCCUUUGACAGCGACUCUGAUGAUGAGUCCUCGCCCAGCCCCUCAGGAACCUUGCAGAGCCAAGCCAGUCGGUCCACCAUCUCCUCCAGCUUUGGUAAUGAGGAGACCCCAAGUUCCAAAGAAGCCACAGCAGAGACGACCAGCUCCGAGGAGGAGCAAGAGCCUGGCUUCCUGCCACUGUCUGGCUCCUUUGGGCCCAGUGGACCCUGUGGCACCAGCCCAAUGGACGGCAGAGCCCUGCGCCGCUCCAGCCGCGGCUCCUUCACACGGGGCAGCCUUGAGGACCUGCUGAGUGUGGACCCGGAGGCCUACCAGAGCUCUGUGUGGCUGGGCACCGAGGAUGGCUGUGUCCAUGUGUACCAGUCCUCAGACAGCAUCCGUGAUCGCAGGAACAGCAUGAAGCUCCAGCAUGCAGCCUCUGUGACCUGCAUCCUGUAUCUGAAUAACCAGGUGUUUGUGUCUCUGGCCAAUGGAGAACUCAUCAUCUACCAAAGGGAAGCAGGUCGUUUCUGGGACCCCCAGAACUUCAAAUCGGUGACCCUAGGUGCUCAGGGGAGCCCCAUCACCAAGAUGGUGUCUGUGGGUGGGCGGCUGUGGUGUGGCUGCCAGCACCGAGUCCUUGUUCUGAGCCCUGACACGCUGCAGCUAGAGCACACGUUCUGUGUGGGGCAGGAUUCAAGCCGAAGCGUGGCUUGCAUGGUGGACUCCAGCUUGGGCGUGUGGGUGACACUGAAAGGCAGUGCUCAUGUGUGUCUCUACCACGCAGACACCUUUGAGCAGCUGGCAGAGGUGGAUGUCACUCCUCCUGUGCACAGGAUGCUGGCAGGCUCAGAUGCCAUCAUCCGGCAGCACAAAGCUGCCUGCCUGCGGAUCACAGCGCUGCUGGUGUGCGAAGAGCUGCUGUGGGUGGGCACCAGUGCUGGCGUGGUGCUCACCAUGCCCACCUCCCCCAGUACGGUCAGCUGCCCACGGGCACCUCUCAGUCCUGCUGGCCUGGGCCAGGGGCACACGGGCCAUGUCCGCUUCCUGGCUGCAGUCCAGCUGCCAGAUGGCUUCAACCUUCUCUGCCCAACCCCACCACCUCCUUCAGACACAGGCCCUGAGAAGCUGCCAGCCCUGGAGCACCGGGACUCCCCUCGGCAUCGAGGCCCUACUUCGGCCAGGCCUCAAAUGCUGGUUAUCAGUGGAGGUGACGGCUAUGAGGACUUCCGGCUCAGCAGUGGGGGCAUUGGCAGCAGUGAGACUGUGGGCCGAGAUGACAGCACAAACCACCUCCUCCUAUGGAGGGUGUGACCCUGUCCACUGUGGCCUGGGAUGGCCUGCCCACCUGCACUCAGUCUGCUUGUCUCUCUCUCGCUCCCACAAAGAUCUUGACCAGGAGUGUCUGACUGGGGACAUACCCAUGGCUGCGUGGGCUCCUCUCGUCUUUGCGGAAGCAUUCCUGCUGGACACCGCUGACCAGCCAACGCCUCCCUGACACACUGGCUGCUCCGGUGCUCCCAGUUGUAACCAGGGUAGGGCAUGAAGGCUGCUUGGGACCUCUUCCCUGGAGCUUCUACCAAAGACACUGCCAGGCCUGGACUCCACAGGGCUGGGGAGGGCCAUGUGCAAUAUUUGGAGGAUUUUCUGGGGGCAGAAGGUUGAGGGAUAGCAUCCUUUCCCGUGUACAGUAUUUAUAUUCCUUUCUAGAUGAAUACUUUCCAAAGCACUUAUUUAUGCUAUGACCUGGGGCAGGGUGUGGUGUGAGGAAAUGACAGGAGGGCAAAAACUGAUUUCCUGCCCAAGGAGCCACCCUGGAACCCUACCCAAGCCUUCUGGAGGAGCCAGUGUCUCCCCCUAUUACACACAUGCGCGCGCACACACAUACACACACAUUCUUUCUCACACUCUGCAUGUCCGGGGCACCAAAACACCUCCUCUCGAUAGACUUUCUCUUGGGGGAGCUGCCCAUCCUGACCCAGAGGCAAGGACCAAGCGCCCUUAGUCAUCCAGAACAAAGUGAUGGUUACUGGGGGCCGUAACUCCUGUGAAGCCAGGCUUUAGCAUUUCCCAGUGUGUUGGUGGUGCCUUCAAUGGUUUCUUAAUUUAGGAACACUGGUGGAGCCUUGGACAGGGCUUUCUCUCAGGUAAGAGAAAAGGGCCCUCAUUCCUUGCAUUUGGCCCUAGCCCCCAGCUCCUGCCUUCCUGUGUCUCAUGCACUGGCAUAGAUGGUCACCUUGGCGGGCAGACACGUAGGAGCCCCUCACUCUGACCACUGAAUCCCUCUCCUUACAACUCUUCCUGUCAGAGGCAGCCCCUUGAGGAAGGACUCCCAGAGCUGAGAGGCUGAGUAUGGCCUCUUCGAAUGGGAAACUUCCACUUGAGAGCAGCUUCUCCCCUGCCUCCCAGGCUGCAGGGAGCCACUCUGACUCUCAGCCCCUCGCUUCAGCUACAACUCCAAAGGUCUGGUUUCAGGUGGGGUUUGGUGGUUCUGUUUGUUUUUUGUUGGGGUGGGUGGGUCAUUGUGGUCUUAGAUUAUGUCUCUCUUGCUACCCAACAGUCAUGUAUUAACUUCUUGGAUGAUGAAAUUUAAAGUCAAUAAAUAGAAACACCAAAUGACUGCUCCCCGCUGGUAGCCAUAGUGGCCUCGUGCCAGCAACCCCGGGGCUUUGUUUCCCAGCCAUGAGGGCUUCCCAACACCAACUCACCUGAACAGAAAGGAGGCCUUGGAGACCACGAGUCAUGCUGAGGUGGUGAGGUUGCCACUGACUUGCUGUGUUACUUGGGACAGGUCACUGUACCUGUCUGGACUGUAGUUUCCUUUCGGGAAAAUGAAGGAAUUGUGCUAGUCUAGUAAUUGGGCAACCCAUCAGAAUCCCUUUUGGUUGACAUAUGCAAACGUACAACAUGCAAGCACACAUAGUUUGGAUGUAAUUUAUGUAUCAAUCAGAAGCCUCUGAGUCAGUCUGGGAUGGACUUGGGAAACAAGUUGACAGCUGCAGCCAAAUGAUCAGGGUUGGGGCUGGGAAUAUAAUUCAGUGGCAUAGGCACCUGCCUGGCAAGUGCAAGGUCCUAAAUUCAAUCCCUGGUAUGGUUAAAAAAAAAAAAAAAGAGGGCAGUGGAGAUGAAGGCUCCUCCAGGAAACACUUCUCCAGUGAAGCCUCCUGGCUGGAGAACCCUGACCAUGACUAUAGUGAGUCCACUUUUCUAGUUUUCUGAGCAUAGGCAGAAUCCAAGUCGGAUUCUGAACAAAGAGGUGUGUCAUUCAGUCAGAACAAUGCAAAGCAACACUUUCCACGUAGGGCCAAAGAGCCCUUCACAUUGUGGUGCCCCUGCAAGGACUUAAGGCAGGUCAUGUGUCAGCUGUGCCCCCAACAUGUGGGAGCAUCUUCAGCCUAAGCAUUGACUCAAAAGUGCUGGGGUGGAGCAGGUGCUUAGUAUGUGCAAGGCCCUGAAGGGUUUGAUUCCCCAGCACUUAAAAAAAUAGCUCCUGCAGGGGAGGACAGUGAUAGGUCUCACAGGGGUUUGCUGGGUCCUCAGCACCACUGUACAUACAUGAAACAUCUCCCUGCAGCACCAUUUGUCCAGGGAGGAGGAGAUUAAGAGGAUCCAUUACAGAGCACAAAACAAUGUUCACGUGGAAUUCAUGAAAUCAAUCGUUAGAAAGACCACAGGCUUUGCAGCUGGACAGACCCUGUUGGGAAUCCUAACUUUGCCACUAACCGGCUGCAGUUUGUAGCCAUCUGAACUACUUUUACCAGCUGUAAAGCUGUAAAGUGGGACACAUAGUUUUUUCCAGAACAGGAUGGUUGACUGCUGUCCAUGGGUCUUUAGGUUGUAAGGAAGAGAUUCCUUAUGAAGACUAACCAGCAGCAGGUGACUCAGAGGGAGUGGUGGCUCAGAUAUCAGGCCUCCAUCCAGAGACCCCUCGGCUCCUCCCCCAUGAGCCUCCAGCCCCUCCACUGCUGCCAGCCAACUGCUCCAAUGUUUUGCAGCUCCUGCUGCCGCGGGACUCCCAGCCCCUCAACAGAGGCCUGACCCAGACUUCAAUUUUGGUACAACAUACCCACAGCAAAUCUGCCUCAUUCCCAGUUUAAGUACUCAGUAGGAAUGGCACCCACAUGGCCUGCUGUUACUUGAAAGGUGAUCCAAGGCAGCGGGCACCCUGAGAUGGCUGCCCACAAGUGCUGAGCUUGAGCCGUGAGCUUUGGGCAAGGAAGUCCUGAGUGAACAGGCCUCAGGCCUUCAGCCCGGCAGGCACUCCUGAAAGACUUAGCUCCCUUAAAAUCAAGGAUUUCAUCUAGACCCCAGGCCCACUGAGACCAAUGCAGUCAGAACCCGCAGAAGGAGCCCAGGUAUCAGUAUUGUUAUCAGACACUUUCUUGUAUAAUUUUUCUAUGAGAAAGUACACGUCAGUGUGCACCUCACUGAAUGUUAAUAAAAUGAACCGAGGCAAAGAAACAAUAUCCUGUCACAUUGCUCAUCUUCCUCCUGGUCACCCUGGCUUCAGACAGCAUGAGGCUGUUUUGCCAGCCAUGAUGGAAAACUGCUUCAAAGAGGGUAGCCAUGGCCAGCCUCUGAGGGAACAAGGAGAAAGCAGAGCUGGGUUUGAUGUUAAAAG